UUUUUUGAGGAGACCCCUUCCCAUCUUUGAGCUGUCACCAUGGCUAGCCUGGUGAUCAACGAAACCGGAAUGGAGGACUGUGGGAUAGACGAUUCCUUCAAGUACGACCUGUACUCGGCGGUGUACAGCGUGGUCUUCAUCUUAGGCCUGAUUACCAACUGUGCGGCCCUCUUCGUCUUCUGCUUCCGGAUGAAGAUGCGCAACGAGACCACAAUGUUCAUGACUAAUUUAGCGUUUUCCGAUUUAGUAUUCGUUUUUACACUGCCAUUCAAGGUCUUCUACAAUGUGAACCGCCACUGGCCCUUCGGAGACGGGUUGUGUAAAGUAUCAGGCACGGCCUUCAUCACCAACAUCUAUGGCAGCAUGCUCUUCCUCACCUGCAUCAGCGUGGACCGCUUCCUGGCCAUCGUGUACCCGUUCCGCUCGCGCUCCAUCCGCACGCGCAGGAAUGCGGCGCUGAUGUGCGCGGCCGUGUGGCUGACCAUCGUGGGCGGAGGGAUAUCGGUGACCUUCUUCUCCACCAUCAACAGCAAGCACCGAGCCACCACCUGCUUCGAGGGCUUUUCCAAGAGCACGUGGAAGACCUACCUGUCAAAAAUCACCAUUUUCAUCGAGAUUGUAGGUUUUCUCCUCCCCCUUUUGGCCAACUUGGUAUGUUCCUCGCUGGUUCUGCGGACGCUCCGUCGCCCGGUGACCGCUGGCCACGGCUGUGAAAGCAAGAAGCGUGUCUUGCGGAUGAUUGUGGUCCAUCUAGGCAUCUUCAUCAUCUGCUUCGUCCCUUAUAACUCCAUCCUCUUCGUGUAUGCCCUGGUGCGAACCCAGGCCUGGGCCAACUGCACCGUGGAGCGCUUUGCCCGAACACUUUACCCCAUCACUCUGUGCCUGGCCAGUCUCAACUGCUGCCUGGAUCCCGUAGUCUACUAUUUCACGUCCGAGAGCUUUCAGAAAAGCCUGACCAUGGGAGGCAAAGGGAACGUCUCUCGUCUUGAGAGCAUCCCCCGCAGCGACACUGAGACCCAGGAGAAGGAGAGAAAACCAGGGACAGAGAUUCAUGGCCAUAGUUGUACAGAACAACAAGUAUGCACGCUCAAACUGAAAGAAAAGAGAAUAAAAUCUCACUUCUGUCCACUCACCCAUCACCUUACCAAAAGGGUUUCACAACUUAGGAGUCUUCAUGUUUUGGCUGAGAAAAAAUUACCCCCCAGCCAUUCAGAGAGGGCAGAGCUUCCUCCUCCCCUCUCAAGUCAGAGUGCCUCAGAACCGAGUGUCAGCCUUCUCCGAGAACAACCCACAACUGACGCCAUCCUCGCACGCAACUGCAGAGUCAACCAGCAUCUCUGGCGGGGGCUCUGUUAUGAGUUGGCCAAAAAGGCUUUGAUGCUGACUUCGCUGCUGGUGGAGGGACGCGCUUGUGAAGCUGCUGUCGGAAAAAGGAUUUACACAGACAGUGAUGGAACACAAGGUGUUGCCGGUGUCUAAUUAAACUCCUAAAACAGGUAAAAAAGAAGAAAAAAAGAAUGAAGGACUGAAAAAAAGAGGAAGCCCUUAUCACCUCAUGACAGUGUGAGACCCAAAAAGAUAUGACUUCAAACACGACCGGAUCCACCUUAUGCAACUACAACUUGACCAGGUGGAACGAAAGCAUGGACGGAAUGUACACCUACUUCUACCUGCUGCUCUUCAUCCCCGGGCUUCUGCUCAACACCACAGCCCUCUGGGUUCUCUGCAGACACAUCAGCAAGAAGACCAAGGCGGUGAUCUUCAUGAUAAACCUGGCUCUGGCGGACCUGGCCCAAACCCUGUCCCUGCCCCUCAGGAUUUACUACUACUUCACGCACACCUGGCCCUUUGGACAGGGGAUGUGCUUGUUCUGCUUUUACCUCAAAUACUUAAACAUGUACGCCGCCAUAGUGUUCCUGGGCUGCAUCAGCGUGCAGAGGUGCGUCUUCCUGCUCGACCCAUUCGCCGCCCGCCGGUGGAGGCGCCGCUACGACCUUCUGAUCAGCGUGAUCGUGUGGGUGGUGGUUGGCCUCGGUUGCUCGCCUUUCAUUCUGAUGCGGAGCAAAAGCGGCGCGCUGACAGCCGCCAACGUGUCCCGCCCGCUGGGUAUCGUUUCCACCCAGCUGAGCCCGGGGAGGCCCGAGCCUUUCACGUGGCCGUUGAGCACGGCUCCCAGCGUACAAACGACGCCCGACAGAGGGAGCUGUUUUAAAGACCUCCCCAUUCGCAAAGUGAACUUCUCCAUGGCUGUCAGCAUGUUGAGCCUGGCCGAGCUGUUUGGGUUCGUGAUCCCUCUGAUCUGCAUCAGUUACAGCUCCGUCCGCAUCGCCUGGUCCCUGAAGCACAGCCAGGCCCAGGAUGAGCAGAGCGCCGCCUCGUCGGGCUCUACCGCCCGCAGCAGACUCCAGUCGGUCACUUCCAACGGCCAGCCGGACAAGUACGACAGGCACGCCAACGGGGAGAAGCAGCGCGCUCUGCGGAUGGUGCUGAGCUGCGCCGCCCUCUUUCUGUUCUGCUUCGCCCCGUACCACAUCAACUUCCUGCUCUUCAUGAUGGUGUCGCAGGACUACGUGUCCCACUGCGCCACCCGGCUGGCGGUGAAGCAGUUCCACCCCGUGUCUCUCUGCAUGGCCAGCCUGAGCUGCUGCCUCAAUCCUCUCCUCUACUACUUUCUCACCGCAGAAUUCCGAAAGCACCUCACCAAGCGCACCUCCUCCUUCUCCUCCUCGCUCCUCUCCUCCCCGACGACGUGCCCCGCGCGGAGCAAACUGCUCAGGUUGGAGAGCACUUGCUCAGAGAGGGACUAGUUUUGGGAAAAAGGAGAGCAGACAGGGAGAAUUACUCGAGGCGUUCUUUAACCUCAAAGCAGACUGACCAGGUUAGAACGGACAGCUGGUUCAAGUCUCUACCUGUUUAAAUGCAAAACCCAUCGCUUUAGAAAGCACGAAUAAGACAUGUCUGUGUUUUCUUUGGACCCAAACAAUAUCUCACAACAAUUGUCUGACAUUGGGAUAUGUUUUUUUCUUUUUUUAAAGUCUGUGUCAAAUCGGAGUGAAAUGUUCCAACUUUGAAUAAGCUAAGUGAUUCAAAGCUGUAAUGCCAAAACCCCCUGUCGUGCUUCACUGUGAAUAAAACCUGAGCUUAAUGUCUGACCUGCGUUUUUUGAUGCCUGCCUCUCGUGUGUGUGUCGGUGUGUGUUUGCA